AUUUUUUCCAGCCGGACUCCAAAAAUUGGAGUCCGGUUGGAGCUCCAUGGGGCUGCAAAAUGGAGUUUUGCAGCCCCAUUGGAGUUGCUCUUACACAACUAAACUCUGUUACGCAUCUUGCAACUUCUAACGUUGGACUUCACUGCCUUCUCUUACGCAAACAAACCAGGGUAUAUACCCGCAAAUCAGGGUAAAGUAUAAAGAGUUAGAGUGCUAAUUAGCCCCCACUCUCUCCCAAGUCAACGCUCAAGCCCUCGCUCCCCCCUGCGACUCUCGCCAUGGAACUGAACCAAUCUCCCCCCAGACUAAACCUCACUCUUCUCUUCUUCUUCCUCCUCCUCUCCUCACUCCAAGCCACCACCGACACCAACAUCUGCAUCGUCGGCAGCGGCAUCGCCGGCUCCUCUCUCGCCCAUUUCAUCAAACACUUCACCUGCACCGACCCCCAGAACCCUAACCCUGGCUCCUGCUCAUGGAUCGACGACAUCCGCAUCUUCGAGCGCCGUGCAGUCCCGGGCGGCCGCAUGGCCACCGUCACCAUCGCCGGCGACACGUUCGAGGCCGGGGGCUCCAUCAUCCACCCCAAGAACUUCCACGCUUUGAGAUUCGCGUCGAUGCUGAACCUCUCCCAUUCGCCUGAGUCCGAUGAGGAGUCGGAUUCUUGGUUCGGGAUUUGGGAUGGGUCUCGUUUCGUCUUCAAAACCCUGCAGCCGCCUCCGAGCUGGAGCUCGUUUGUUGUUAAGAAGAUUUACUCCUUGUUGAAUUCUUUGCUGCUGUUUCGGCGAUAUGGGUUUUCUCUGAUUCGGAUGAAUGGGUUUGUUCAGGGAAUGCUGGAUAGAUUCUUGCUUUAUUACAAAGGAUUUGAGGCGAGGCCCGUGUUUGAGACGGUGGACGAGAUGCUCAAGUGGUCGGGGUUGUAUGACCUCACUCGCCGGACUUUGGGGGAGGAGUUGAUCGAUGCUGGGCUUUCUUCGCACUUGAUAUCGGAGCUUGUUACUGUGGUAACAAGAAUUAACUAUGGACAGAGUGUUAGUAUCAGUGGAUUAGCUGGGGCAGUCUCUUUGGCUGGUUCUGAUUCAGGACUGUGGUCAGUUGAUGGGGGAAACUGGAAGCUUGCUGCUGGGCUUAUUAAUUAUUCUGGAGCCAAACUUCAUCUCAAUGAAGAGAUAAAUUCUAUUUCCCAUGAGGGAGUUCACUAUGUGCUAAACUCCAGCAAGGGAAAUAGUUACAAAUGUGAGGUUACUGUAAUUGCUACACCUCUUGAUGAGCUGAGCAUCGCAUUUACCCCAUCAAUUUCACUUCCUAACAGGAGAUUACAUCAUACGUACACAACAUUUGUCAGGGGCCUCUUGAACUUUGAAUAUUUUGGCUUCAAGCAUGCAUCAGAAAUUCCUGCCCUCAUUGGAACCCUUGAAGUCCCUGACGUUCCAUUCUCCAGUAUUUCAAUACUCAAGAAAUACGAUGAAGAAGACAUGACUUAUAAGAUGUUCUCUCGUGGACCAGCGGAUGAUAGCUUGUUAGAUCAACUCUUCAGCGUUAGGAAGGAGACUGUGCGCAUAGAUUGGCCAGCAUAUCCUCAUUUCAAAGCUCCAGAAGUGUUUGCACCGAUUCUUCUUGAUGAUAGACAUUUGUACUACAUAAAUUCAUUUGAGAACGCAGCGAGUACAAUAGAGACCAGCGCAGUUGCAGCUGAGAAUGUUGCGCGGUUAAUUAUCUCAAGAUUGGAGAAAUUGGCUUCUGGUUCACCAACUAUAAAGAUUCCAGCUUCUAAUGAUGAGAUUUUGCAUCUUGAUUUAUGAGAGAUUAGUAUGGAAUCAGCCAUUGUUAUUAGAGGGGCGGUUGUAUCACCCACCUCCAGUGGUUGCAGGACUCUCAGACUGAAAUUGUCGGUGUUUGUAUCUUAUAUGUAUUAGAAAGUGAUAAAACACACAGAUGUUCAACGUGUAUACACGAAUAAAACCAGUAAACAUGAUGGGCGCUCGUAGCGUUGAGCAAGACGGCAAACCAUAGAGCGAAUUUGAUAGAUCCGUGAUGUGCACUUUCUUUUUAACAGGCUCAAGCAAAAUUAGCGGACGCUGCGGCAUGAAAGUAUGCGAGUGAAAUCCGAAUUUGAGUAGUUUUCAACAUUUAACGGAUUCCAAGAGAUGUCAAAACGAGAUCACAGCUGGAAAGCUACGAAUUAAUGUUCAGAAUAAAUGAUGUUUCGGCCAAAAGCAUGGGCAAUGAGCGAUGCUAGAGGAAAUGAACUUUGUGCUUUCUCUUCUGCAGCAACCUUGAGCUCUCUUCCGUCAACACAUUCUGCUGUUUUCCCUACUCUUUGUGAGAGAAAUCAUGCAAUAAAACUUUUUAAGUCAAUUUUAUAUAACUUAAUCUCA